AUGAGUCAAUUCGAUACCCUCUCUCAUCUUACUCGACCGACCAUCGAGAAGCUCCCGGAAUUCAAGCAGCAGCCGCCCACGAACGACACUCGCUACGUCGUCAGGUGCAAGUCGACCUUAUGUGUCGAAGGAAAGGGUCCCGAUGUAGUGGCAGAGACCUGGUUCAAAUCGCCGCCUCUUCAUGGCCAGACUAUCCGCAUGAUCCGCGGCGUCAAGCUGUAUGCCGAGUCCCAUGACCAGGGCUACGUCAGUGACCUCACCGAGGGCAACUGGACGUGGUUACAGCUGGCCAUUUUUGCCUGCGAGACGGAUACGACGCCCAAGAAGGACAGCCAAGGGCAGGAGCUGGUCAUGACGAGCCACUCGAACAAGGUUAACUCGCGCAAUUUUGAGUGGAUGGAGGGUAGCGCGGUGAAUAUGCGGCGCAUCUUUCUCAAGGCACUCGAGCCCGGUAACGUCAUCGCCGUCCGGCUCUGCGCCCGCUUCCGCGGCUGGAAGAUUUUUGCGACCAACGGACAUCUCGUAAUUGACAUUGGCGAGGACAACCAGGCGUAUCCAAUCACGCCCAUCAAGAUUGACACUAACCUGCCAGUCCCUGUUCGUCGUAACGUUAAGACCUGGUACGACGAGUCCAAGACAAACCACAAGACCGGAGUCGAGGUGUCGCUCUUCAUCCGCGCGCUGGGGCUGUUCCAGAAGCUGCCGCCGGAAAACCAGCUCUCGUACUACCGCAUCGCCGCCAUCCACGGCUACCCGUACAACGUGCCGUGGAACCUGAAUAAGCCGGUGAUUCCACUUGACGAACCGAGCCUGGACCAGCAGCAAAAGGACGGCGACGGCGGCUGGUACUGCCAGCACAACAACGACCUGUUUCCGACCUGGCACCGCGUGUACAUGAUGCUGUAUGAGAAACGUAUCCAAGAGAUCAUGAUGGGCGAGGCCGACGAACUUGACGAUGGCAAGGGCGAGUGGACGGCGGCCGCGAUGCGCUGGCGCCUGCCGUACUGGGACUGGGCGGUCGACACGGACCUGCCAGAGAUCGCCUGCACCAAGAAGAUCCGCGUCAUCAAGUCCUGGGACGGCCGUGGCCAGCCGCAGAUGGAGGAGGUGGACAACCCCAUGUACCGCUUCCAGAUGCCCGGCAACAAGCCCAUGGGCGACUCCUCGUAUGGCAACUACCGGAUCAACAAUAAGGAAGACAUGCCGUGGGAGCAAUGCAUCGGCACCAGCCGCCACGGCAUCAGCCUCCGGGACGCAGAGCGGAAAUGGGUCCAGGGCGAGACCAACGUGUUCGAGGUCAACAAGGCACUGCAGGAGAAGCGCCUGCAGAACCGCACGCUCAGAGACUCGGUGUAUCGCCUGCUGACCGAGGAGUACAGCACCAAGUACGUGCGCUUCGCAUCGACCAAGUACGACAGGGUCGAGAACCAGGCCGCGGGCGAGAAGGCGCGCGAGUAUCUGAGCCUGGAGCAGAUUCACAACGCUAUCCACGGUGCCGUCGGCGGCGAGGACGACCGCACCGGCGCCGGCCACAUGUCCUCGGUGGCCGUGGCCGCCUUCGACCCGGCCUUCUGGCUGCACCACUGCAACAUCGACCGGCUGCUGCACCUGUGGCAGAGCUCCAACCCGGGCAACUGGUUCCGCCAGCAUCCGGGGCAGAAGCCGGUUGAGCAGCCGCGUCCGGACCACGACACGAUCAAGGAGCAGAGGCCGGCGCCGGCGGACCUCAGCCCGCAGGAUCCGCUGCGGCCCUUCCACGUGUCCAUGGACCAGGACGACUUUUACAACUCGAACCAGGUGCGCAACGUCGAGGCGCUCAAUUAUACCUACGACUACGUGGAUGAAAUCACCGACGAGUUUGGCGACGUGAUCCCGGCCAAGAGCAACGCGUACAUCAACCGACGCUACGGGCCCGAGAAGGAGGCCUUCAAGACGCUGAAGCCGCAGUAUGACCCUGUCAUCAAUGUCAUCUACGAUCGAUACGCGUUCAACGGCCGCGCCUACUCCUUCCUCUUCUUCCUCGGCAACCUCGACAAGACGGUGCCGUACAAGAGGCAGACGUCGCUGAUCGGCAGCAUCUUCACCUUCAGCACCACAAUGGAGGGCAGCGAUGUGACGUGCCGCAGCUGCUACGUGCAGCAGAAGGCGCACGUGCUGUCGCGUGCCCAGAUCCCGCUGACCGCCGUGGUGCCGUCGGACGACCGGCCGAGCCGCCUGGAAUGCCGCGACUUCCUGGAGAAGAACCUCCGCUGGACGGCGGUUUACGAGAACGGGCGCGCGGUGGAGCGUGAUGGGCUGAAGGACGUCAAGAUCACGCUGUCCAUCGGGGUCAACGAGCUUGUCAAGAUUCCGGCCCCAGAGAUCUUGGAGACGGGGAAGAAGGCCUUGGACCCAUUGAAAACAUUGGUCGAACCAUUGGUUAAACUUCCGGAGAGUAUCUUCCAUUCACGCUUCUCGUUCAGUGGCUAUAAGGACUUGGACUUUAACUGGGAAAAGGCGUACUUCCAGUUUUGA